UCGACGCGGCCAGUCCUCUGACGGUCACAGCCAGGGAAUUUCAAUUUGAAACCCAGCGGAGGGAGGAGGCUGGCGCGGUGGCUCUACCUCUGGGGCUGAAGCGGGACGGGUCCCCACGGCGAAGCAGCUCCCCGGGUACGGUGUCCGGGCGUCCUUGGAUUGAGCUGCGCCAACAAGCAAGGUAGUAGUUGUGGUCACAGUCCUGGACUGCAGGUGUGAGUUCUGAGGAGCUCUAAGUACUCAGUGAAUCCAUUACUGCUAAAUCAUAAGCUGUGAUCAUGACUACUGAGGUUGACUCUGCGUCUGAAGUGAAGAAAGAAUCUGAUCAGUUAGGAGCAGAUACAGCCAAGGAGAACCCUAAAGAAACUGCAGAAAAUCAACAGAAUCAGUCAUCUGAGCCAUCUCCUAUGGCUGAAAGCCAAAGUAGUCCACGCCGCCGCCAGAAGAGAGAGAAGGAUUCAUCUGAGGGCAGGGGGAUUUCUCGAUUCAUACCCCCAUGGCUUAAGAAGCAAAAGUCAUAUAAUCUAGUAGUGGCCAAAGAUGGAGGUGAUAAAAAAGAACCUAGUGAUGCUGUUGUGGAAGAGCAGAUUUUAGAUAAAGAAGAGUCUCUUCCAGAAGAAGAAAGACAGGCCAAGGGUGAUGCUGAGGAAACAGCUCAGAGGAAACAACAGGAAAUCAAGGUUGCUGUCAAGGAAGAAAGACCUUCAGUGAGUAGUGCUGAGACACAGCCUGUUGAAGUAAAAAAGGAGAGAAAUGAGGAAAAGGUCAAGGAAAUAGCAGAAGACAAAUCAGAAGAAGCAGCAAAAAGAGAGACAAAAGAGGUGCAGACCAAUGAACUAAAAGCAGAGAAAAUCUCUCAGAAAACCAUCAAGAAAACCAAAACUGUUCAAUGUAAGGUGAUUCUUCUAGAUGGUACCGAAUACAGCUGUGACCUGGAGAAACGUGCUAAGGGACAAGUGCUAUUUGAUAAAGUGUGUGAACAUCUCAAUCUCUUGGAGAAGGACUACUUUGGACUUUUGUUUCAGGAAAGUUCUGAGCAGAAAAACUGGCUAGAUUCUGCAAAAGAAAUAAAGAGACAACUGCGAAAUCUUCCAUGGCUGUUCACCUUUAAUGUGAAGUUUUACCCUCCUGAUCCUUCUCAAUUGACUGAAGACAUCACCAGAUACUUCUUGUGCCUUCAGCUCCGGCAGGAUAUUGCUUCUGGUCGCCUGCCCUGCUCUUUUGUUACACAUGCCCUUCUGGGAUCUUACACACUGCAGGCUGAACUUGGAGAUUAUGACCCAGAAGAGCAUGGCGAUAAUGACCUCAGUGACUUCCAGUUCUCACCCACACAGACUAAGGAACUGGAAGAAAAGGUGAUAGAGCUGCAUAAAACUCACAGGGGCCUAUCUCCAGCACAAGCUGAUUCUCAGUUCUUAGAAAAUGCAAAGAGGCUUUCCAUGUAUGGUGUUGACCUGCAUCAUGCCAAGGACUCAGAAGGUGUGGAUAUCAAGCUGGGUGUCUGUGCUAAUGGGCUGCUCAUUUACAAAGACAGACUGAGAAUCAACCGUUUUGCUUGGCCGAAAAUCUUAAAGAUUUCCUAUAAGCGUAGCAACUUUUAUAUUAAAGUGAGACCAGCAGAGCUGGAUCAGUUUGAGAGCACCAUUGGAUUCAAACUGCCAAGCCAUAGGGCAGCGAAAAGGCUAUGGAAAGUGUGUGUGGAACAUCAUACUUUCUACAGACUUGUGUCUCCAGAGCAGCCACCAAAAGCCAAGUUCUUGACUUUGGGGUCUAAAUUCCGCUACAGUGGCCGUACUCAAGCCCAGACCCGCCAGGCAAGCACCCUCAUUGAUAGGCCAGCACCACACUUUGAGCGCACCUCUAGCAAACGGGCCUCCAGGACUCUAGAUGGAGAUACAGUCGGUGUUGUGGAUGAGAGUCUUAUGAAGGAUCGUCCUGGCCCAGGUGGGCAGGUUUCAGCAUAUGGCCCAGGAGUGGUCAGCAUUGCCAUUAUACAAGAUGGGGAUGGCAGAAGGGAUGCCAGAAUUCCAACUAAAGGUCCACAGGUGCAACUCAUUGAAGGAAAGAAAAGUACCUUGAGAGUAGAAGGGGAUAAUAUUUAUGUCAGACAUAGCAAUUUAAUGUUGGAGGAUCUGGAUAAGGCCCAGGAGGACAUACUGAAACAUCAGGCUAGCAUUAGUGAACUCAAGCGCAAUUUCAUGGAGUCCACACCUGAGCCGCGCCCCAAUGAAUGGGAAAAACGACGUAUCACACCUCUGUCUCUACAGACACAUGGGAGAAAAGGAGAUCAUCUUUUCAAGGAUGUUUUGUCCAUGAAGGAGAAGUAUCUGAUGGCAUCAUCACGGACAGUUGAAGAAAAAGCCCAGGAAGCAGACAAGAGCCUAGAAGAGGAGAUAACAUCAAUUUUGUUUAGUGAGAAUGGCUUUUCUGCUAACUUGAAAGCCACCUUCACCUCAGCCACCACUUGGACAGCAGAGGGCACUGUUGUGAACUAUAAUGUACCUGAAAAACUUUCUUCCUGGCCCUCCUCACAGUCGUCUGAGAAACGUGCUCCCGAGUCAGAAGGGCCUUACACAGGAGCCAGUGAUGCUGUUAAGAGUUCACAUGAGACUCUGAAUAUAGUGGAAGAGAAGAAACAGGCAGAGGUUGGGAAAGAUGAAAGAGUAAUCCCCGAAGAGAUGAAUGGUAAAGAGAUAUCACCUGGGAGUGGCCCUGGGGAGACUCGUAAGGUGGAGCCUCUGACACAGAAAGACUCCACCUCCCUGUCUUCUGAGAGCAGCAGCAGCAGCAGUGAGAGUGAGGACGAGGAUGUGGGAGAGUACCGGCCCCACCACCAUGUGACUGAGGGUACCAUAAAGGAAGAACAGGAGGAGUAUGAAAAAGAAGUGGAUGAAGAGCCCGGCCAAGCAGCCAAGGUAGUAGAGAGGGAGGAAACAGUGCCAGAAGCCAGUCUAGUCAAACAAGCAGGUGCCAGUGUAACCACAGUAGACACAGUGAUCCAAGAAAAUGUAGUGACCCUAAAGAUACCUGCUGAGAAGAGUAUAAAUGAAGGCGUUGUUAAGCAAGACAUGAGAGAAGAAACAGAGGACGAGCAACAUAAAGUUAAUGGAGAGGUGUCUCAUGUUGACAUUGAUGUUUUGCCACAAAUAAUUUGUUGUUCAGAGCCACCAGUGGUAAAAACAGAGAUGGUAACAAUUUCUGAUGCCUCACAAAGGACAGAAAUCUCCACCAAGGAAGUCCCAAUUGUCCAAACUGAAACCAAAACCAUCACUUAUGAGUCUCCACAGAUUGAUGGCGGGGCUGGUGGUGACUCAGGGACGUUACUGACUGCACAAACCAUCACAUCUGAGUCCGUGUCUACAACGACAACCACACACAUCACCAAGACUGUAAAAGGUGGAAUAUCUGAAACAAGGAUUGAAAAACGCAUCGUGAUCUCAGGGGAUGCAGAUAUUGAUCAUGACGAGGCAUUGGCCCAGGCCAUUAGGGAAGCCAGAGAGCAGCAUCCUGACAUGUCAGUCACAAGAGUGGUGGUACACAAAGAAACCAAGAUGGAGGAAGGGGACGAGUAAAUAAGAUAUUCAUUCUUAAAUAACAGUCAUCUUUGUGGACCUGAAGAAUUGUGAUUAUUCCAAGUCUUAAUGCCAUACCACACUACUCCAGCAAAUUUAUACUACAACUGGUAAUAAUGGCCACAAGCCUGAAGGAUUAAAAUGCCAACACGAAACCUUACCUAACAACUCUGGUCUAUACUGUUCCCUUUCAUUUUAAUAUAUUAUUUUGUUUAUAACCACUUCUAAAUAUUUUGGAUUCUUUCAUUUUUUUUAAAUGAUGGUUUUGUUUUCUGUUUACUUUGUGUACAACUACCUGCUUUCUGUGACUCGUUUUGAUCAAAUGAUAGUGAACAAAGCCAGCCCAAGCUGGUAAGGUGCUGUUCACUUGAACAGGUGCUGUUGUGCGGAAAGGAAACUGACUAAAUUUAGUGGCUUCCUUCUUCCAAGUUCUUCCCACUGAAUUCUUACAGUAAAUAGUCACAAUUUUCUGACUAUGGUAAAUACGCUGUAUGAGAAAAUAUUAAUACAGAUUAAAAGCAUUUCUUACAUCCUGAAAUCUUUCUAAUAUUUGAGAAUUUCAUUUGGGGACUUUUUUUUUUUUAUAUCAAACCCUUUUGACUUUCCAGUCCUGUGGCUUUUUACUGCUAGUAAAAAGUCAGAGACUCUCCAGACUGGAGAAUUUAGAAGGUCACUGACCAUGCACUGUGUUAAGAGCCCACCACAGUGCCAAUGCUUCUCAGAUAAAUGUCCUUCAGCAGCAUUCCAGAAGAAGGGAGGGAAGAGAAAGAACAAACGAUUCCCUCCCUUCUACUAAAAUAUUGAGGCAGCUUAAAACCUUAGUGCUUUCUUUCUUAACAUGUACAAAUUUCAAUAUUUCCCAUUACCCGAACACUUGUAUAGGACACUUGCUUUUUAUUAAACUUCUGUCACAGGUAAAACUGAUCUUUUGUUAUUGAGCAGGUAUAUCUCUUUCAGAUAGUUUGAUGAUUCACACAGGUUUGAGGACAUUGGGGAGAAAACUGGAACUGUAGUGAUGUUUGAUGGUUAUAAGAAAGCUAUAUACCAUUUAAAGCUGACACCAGAGACCUGAUAGGGACUUAUUAACUGUGUUGAACCUUUUUUCCUUUGCUUUUGAUCUUAUGUAUAGUUAUGAUGCCAAAUUAGAUUUAUAGUGGCCUUCAUUGUAUUAAAUGAUAUUUUGCUUCCUGUAAUACUGUUAUAAAAUAAAAUUUGUUUAUUCGCUAAA